CUUUGGAUGAGACAUUAAUUCGUUGUUAGUGUCCUCCAACAUCUAUAAAUCUCCCCUUAUUACAUCAGAAAACUCCAAUUCUCAGGAGCUCUUCUUCUUCUACUACUACUACUGCUGCUGCUGCUGCUGCUUUUCUCUCCUGAAGAACAUGUCAACACUGAACCAUCUCUUUGAUCUUCAAGAACAGAUUUGCUAUGUACAAUGCGGUUUCUGCACCACCAUCUUGCUGGUCAGUGUCCCAUAUAGCAGCUUGUCAAUGGUGGUUACAGUCCGAUGUGGACAUUGCGCAAGCCUCCUCUCUGUAAACAUGAUGAAAGCCUCAUUUGUUCCUCUACAUCUCUUAGCUUCUCUUAGCCAGGAUGAGCCAAAAGAAGGUUGUCCUAAUGAAGAGGGAGCUCAAAAAGCCUCAGACAAGCGAAGUCCAUCCAUGGUGGCCUCUUCUGACAAUGAAGAAGAUGAUAUAGUUCCUGUCCACCAUGUCGUUAAUAAACCUCCAGAGAAGAGACAGCGAGCUCCAUCAGCUUAUAACCGCUUCAUCAAAGAAGAGAUCAGAAGGCUUAAGGCUGAAAACCCCAAGAUGACUCACAAGGAAGCCUUCAGUACAGCUGCAAAAAAUUGGGCCCACUUCCCAGCAAUUCAAUUGAAAGGAGCUGGAGAGAGCUGUAGCCAGGAAAGGUCCAUGUAGAAGGCAAUGGUUUCUGUGAAAGAAAGAACUCAAGGCAUUCCAUAUGAGCAAAGACACCCUUUUUGGGUAACAGGUCUAUUAUAAGCUACCAAUUAAAGAAUCCCACUUUUAGGGUUAGUACAUGGGUUCCAAUCACUUGCCCCUUUUUGUGGUAGAUGCUCUAGGGAAAGAGGUUUUCUCACUACUGCAGGUUGUAAGGGACUCACUGACUCAAAGAAACUUUAGUUUCAAAAACUGCUUCAAGAUCAAUAUAGUUCCCUUUCUGCAGAGCUCUCUAGGGUUAGGGCUAUUAUUACGUUUAGGGUCUCCAUGCAAUUUGUAUUUUGAUGUGUUCAUAGGCGCUUGAUUUCAUGCUGCAAGUUCUCAAGGAUCCUAUUAAUUAAUUACUUUACAGAGGAGACAAUAUUGUUUUUAA